UCGGCACCCACAGUUCACCUCUGUGGUCCAGCAGCCUAAGCUCAUUCUCCUACAGCCAUGAAGUGUGUGGUGCUCGCCCUUUCCGCCCUCGUGGCCCUGUCUGCCGCACAGCUGCAGAAGGAGCCCAUCGCGAUCGUCAAGCUCAGCUCGGACGUGCAGCCCGACGGCGGCUUCGUGUACGAGUACGAGACCGCCAACGGCAUCAAGGCCGAGGCUCGGGGACAGCCCUCCGCCGCCGGCCCCGAGGGCCCCGCCAUCGCCGUCCAGGGUCAGUUCGCCUACGUGGCCGACGACGGCCAGACUUACUCCGUGCAGUACGUCGCCGACGAGAACGGAUACCAGCCGCAGGGAGCUCACCUGCCCACCCCACCCCCAAUCCCCGAGGCCAUCCUCCGCUCCCUCGAGUUCAACGCCAAGAACUACAAGGGCGAGGACGAGCAGCCCCAGCAGCAGCAGCAGCAGGCCUUCAAGCCCGCCAGGGCCUUUGGCCGUCGUCGCUGAGCGAACUCACGCGCACCCGCCGACUGAUACCCUGGGGUGCAAUGUUACCAAUAAACUAAGUACCUGACUCUUUUAGUAAAA